UGCACUAUAUGGCGAAUUGGAGGAGGCGGGAUUUGUUCCGUAAUACGGGUGUAGGGAGAGACAUUCUAAGCGGAGCCUCGCUGCUUUUCAGACUCGCACGCGCCAGUUUCUAAACCAACCUCUUCAAAAUGUCUGGAAGAGAAGGAGGUAAAAAGAAACCCCUGAAGGCUCCUAAGAAGCAAUCCAAGGAGGUAGACGAGGAUGAGGCUGCCUUCAAGCAGAAGCAGAAGGAGGACCAGAAAGCUUUGGAGGCGUUGAAAGCCAAAGCAGCAGGCAAAGGACCUUAACUGGUGGUGGAAUCAAGAAGUCUGGGAAGAAGUGACUGGAAACUGUUGGUUGCCUGCAUUAGGGAGCUGUUAUGUGAGCACGCUAUUCGAUUCUGCUUCGGGGCCACACAAUUACACAAACUAGCAUUUUAACACUCUCCUGUGACGAGGACAGGAAAACACACAAGUUUUGUAUGUAUUUUGUGUGAAAUCAAAAGUGUUUAUUACAUUAUAAAAAAAAAAAUAGAUGAAACAAACACAUUAGAGCUCAGAUUUUAAUAUGUACAUCUUCAUUUCAGGCAUUUCAACCUAUUUUCCAAAAACUGGUUCCUUUCUCCAAGUCUUCUGUCCGUGUUUUCUUUAUCCUGCUGUCAUCUUUUUCUUGCAUGUGGCAGAUUCUAAAGCAAGAGGGUUAUUAUUAUUAUAUUUUUUUAGUUUGUAACGACUCAUGUAUUGUGUAUAAGAUCACUGUUUGUAAUGGGGAUGUACAUAAUAAAGAACUAUGCUGCUUA